AUCGGAAACGACGGGUGAGACAGAUAAGAUAAGAUUUGAUCGGAGAUUUGAAUGAGAACGACGCCGGGACCACGGUACUAGGUAUACGCACGAUUGGCGAUUGGGCAAGGACGAUCUUGGUCGGGUCCCAGAAGCAUGUCUAUACUCUGCAGAGGCGUGGCAAUCGCAGCUAUGUUUACGCCUUACUCCCUUCCGGUGGUUCACAUGCAUACAGUGGCUAUCAUCGGCCCUGCCACUCCAUUGACUCUGCUAGGCGGUACAUACAGCUGUUACAGACCGUCUUGGGUUCCCAGCUAUCCGUCUGGUGGGUCGCUCCUUAUACUCGCGAUCAUUGCAGCGCAAACUCGGUACAGUGUGCGGUCUCGUGCGAUAGGUUGUGGGCACCUCCCUUUUCCGGAAGCGGAAGCAAAGGAAGCUCACGGUGGAGGCGGGCGUGCGUCUGAUACGAACCAUGUACAGCUCAGCAGCACUAUUGGUGAGUGAUCUUUGAUGAAUGAUAUCAAUGGGAACGUGUAUCUAUGCUCUAGGUAGUACCAGCUUAUACUUUCCAACCAUGUUGGUGGAUCUCAAGAUGGUCAACGAACGGGCUUCCAUCCUCUUGCGCACCCGCCUCA